UUUAGGAAUUGGAAAGUGAUUGUAAGACCCAUUAUACUCAUUUUCCUUCUCUCUAACUCACUUUACACUGAAGCUUCUCUCCAAAACCCACUAAAGUUUCUCUCCAAAACUUACAUGCAGAAGCACUGGUGGAAACGAUCUGAUUUUCCAAAGCUCCAAUCGGUGUAGCUCCAAGUUCCAAGCUCAUCCAAAGUUCAUCUCCAAGCUCAUCUCAAAACUCUCCAAGAAGACCUCAUGCUUCUCUUCAAGCAGAUUUUUUCGAAGUAAAGGACUAUAGAUCGGAAGAUUUGCUUGCCAAUCUACCCAAAAAUCGAGAAAAUGAAAAUUCCCGAGCAUCGAAAAUGGAUGGUAAAUAGACUAAUCCCCAGUCGAGCGGGAUAUACUGAUGAAUUUAUAAGUGGAAUGGAUGAAUUUAUUAAAUUUGCUUGUAGUCAACAGAAGUAUUUGUCUGAAAAAGUUAUAAGGUGUCCUUGUAAGCGUUGUAAAAAUAUGAAGCAUCUGACACCCGAUGAAGUUAAUGUGCAUGUUUUUCGAAAAGGAUUCACACCAAGAUAUUGGUAUUGGACGUCACAUGGAGAGGAAGCCCCUUCAAUUAAUUUGAAUGAACAUAUCUAUUUUGGUGAUUCAAGUAGUCAUCAAGAAUGUGACUUUGACAUACCCUCAAGCAGUCAAUGUAACAUUCUAGAAAAAAAUUGUGAACACGUAGGUAUGAUUGAUGCUGCUGCUGCAGUAGAAUUUAGUCAUCAAGUUGAACCCAAUGUAGAAGAGUCUCCGAAUAUAGGUGCUAGCAGAUUUUACAAAAUGUUGAAUUCAGCUCAGAAUCCCUUAUGGCAUGGAUGCGAAUAUUCAGAGUUGUCUGUGGCUGUUAGAAUGAUGAGUAUUAAAUCUGAAUACAAUAUGUCUCAUAGUUGUUUUAAUGCAAUGGCUCAAUUAAUGAAAGAGACAAGCUCUCUAGAUAAUAAGAUACCUCUUGAUUACUACCGAGCGAAGAAGCUAGUGUCGGGGCUUGGUCUAACUAGCCAAAAAAUUGAUUGUUGUGUUAAUGGAUGUAUGCUAUAUUACAAGGCUGAUAAACAGAUGACAGAAUGUAAGUUUUGUAAAGAACCUCGUUAUAAAAAGCGUGUGGGCAAGAAGGGUAAGAAAAAUAUUCCACACAAGACAAUGCAUUACCUGCCACUUAUUCCUAGACUUCAACGAUUAUAUGCUUCGAAAAGAUCUGCUGAACACAUGAGGUGGCACUAUGAAAAUUGCAGGGAAGAAGGUGUGUUAUGCCACCCUUCGGAUGGAGAAUCAUGGAAAAAUUUUGAUCGAACUUAUCCAGACUUUGUUGUAGAGCCUAGAAAUGUUAGGCUUGGUCUUUGUUCUGAUGGUUUUACUCCUUUUUGGCCAAUCAGGAUCAUCAUACUCUUGUUGGCCAGUGAUUGUUACACCGUACAAUCUUCCUCCUGAUAUUUGUAUGGCUGCCCCAUAUAUGUUCU